UUGACGUUGACAUAUCAUAUGUGAUUUGUAUGUAAACAAAUGUUUUACUUUUUAAAGGGUAUUUUCUUUUAUUCUUUAUAUUGUGUUUCUGUAGAUACAACUGUAUUAAAGAAGACCGUAAUAUUUUGUUUAAAAUUCAGCUACAAAACAUAAGCAAGUUCGCCCAAUUAUCCUAAGAGAGGCUAAGUAUUAACUUUUUAAAUUCCCAUUCUAAUAAUGGCACACUACAAAGGGGCCGCCAGUGAGGCCGGCAGGGCUAUGCAACUAAUGAAAAAACGCGAAAAAGAAAUGCAAGACUUGGAAAUCCGCAAGAAAAAAAUCGAAGAAGACCUAAAAAUUAACAAUAUCGAGAGCAAAUUUGCAACUCAUUACGAUGCUGUGGAGCAACAACUUAAAAGUUCCACCAUCGGUUUGGUUACUUUGGAUGAGAUGAAAGCUAAGCAAGAGAACAUCGUGAAAGAGAGGGAGAUGAAGUUGGCCCAAAAACAAGCUGAGAAGGAGCGAGAGAGGUUGAGGCAACUUGAGGCCAAACAAGCUGAGAAAAAUAAACAAAAGAAACAGAUUCAGGCUUUGUCAUUUAACUUAGAUGAGGAUGAAGCAGAAGACGAUGACGACGAUAACUCGUCAGAUUCUAAAGAUACUUUCAAGAGAUCAGUUGAAGAAGUUACAUCAAGCAAUUUAAAGAAGAUAAAAAAAGACCCGUUCGCCGACACAAGUUUCUUACCAGACAGAGAAAGGGAAGAGGAAGAAAACCGAUUAAGAGAAGAAUUGAGACAGCAGUGGGCAGAACAACAAGCAAAACUAAAAGAGGAAGAAAUCAGCAUAACGUUCAGCUACUGGGACGGAUCAGGACACAGAAAGACAAUAAAAGUGAGAAAAGGAAACUCGAUCUAUCAGUUUUUACAAAAAGUCUUGGAAAUGUUACGAAGAGAGUUUUCGGAAUUGAAAACGGUGAUGGCGGACCAACUGAUGUAUGUUAAAGAGGACUUAAUUUUACCGCACCAUUACACCUUUUACGAUUUUAUCGUAACGAAGGCGAGAGGAAAGAGCGGUCCUUUGUUUAGUUUUGAUGUACACGACGACGUUAGACUCGUGAGCGACGCUUCAGUCGAAAAAGAGGAAAGUCACGCGGGAAAAGUUCUGUUGAGGAGUUGGUAUGAGAGGAACAAACACAUUUUUCCAGCGAGCCGAUGGGAGUCUUAUGAUCCUACCAAAGUUUAUGAUAAAUAUACUGUUUCUGAUAAGAAUAAGAAAUGAUUUACAUAUUAUAUAGUGUUAAAGAUAUUUUUGAUGUAUUGAGAACGCAAAAUCGGGAGGCCACAGUUGCAAGAUUGUUUAAGUAAAUUAUAAUCACCAUCAUCUUUAUUAAUUAUUUAUUUUUCUUCUGGUUCUUAUUACGUACGUUUCGGCCGUUUUUGCGACCUUCAUCAACUUUAGGAAGUGUAAAUGAAAAUAUUGAAUUUAAAAGUGUCUUCUUGAUUAUUUUUCAAGUUGCAUGUAAAUUUUCAACUGUUAGUUCAUUUUAUUGAAUAGUAAUAUAUUUUGUGUACAUUUUUAAAUUAA